AAAUCAAUCAAACAAACCAACAAAUAAACAAUCACACAGCGACCAAAAACAAAACAAAAUAUGUGUUAUCCCCAUCUCAUCCCACCCAACGCAGAAUUUUUUUCAGUCUGAAGAAAAAGGCAAAUGCAGUCGAAGCCUCAGAAUAAUGAUGGAUCUGCUAAAUUUAAGAUUUCACUGUUCAAAGCUUUGAUCUAUACUCAUAAUACACUACAUACGUGUAAAUGUUCCAGUUUUUAAGAGCCCUGAGUCAGUUCUCAUCCAAGGAUGGCAACCUCUUGGUGUGUCAGUACCAGAUGGGACCUGAACUGUCUUUCGAGGCCUGCGGCCGUUCCUAUGCCCAGAUGUCCCAGGAUCACCGGGCCAUGCGUCUGUUCGUCUCUUGCGGCUCUGGGCCCCGGUACGAGGGGAAAGUUGUGUUUCUUCUGAAGAAGAGCCCGGUGGCGCUGGAGGAGAAGAACGUUUCUGAUGAGGUUAUGUCGGGAGAAGUGUUUGUGACACAACAACAGGGCUUUUUCGGCGCCAUGGCUGAGCUGUUUGGCCGAGUGUUCAAGCCGGCGCUAGGCCGACUCAAGAGCCUAGAGACUGCGACUCCCGUCAAGCCGGACCCCAAAAAGUGCAAGAUCGUGGAGCAUAACCUGGCCAUUGACAACUUCACUCAGCACGUCUUGUGCGCCGAGCAGCACGUCCAGGAGGCCGUACGUCUUGCGGUGCUGGACGACCCGGCAAAGAUGGUCAAGAUAGAUGAGCUGUGUGACGUGGACUCGUGUCUGGCGGCGGCCCAGAGCAAGACACUGCUGGCUGUGGUGGAGGAGAUAGCCAGUCUGUGGUGUGGACAGGUCGAGAAGAUCCUCAUGGACAGCGACCGUAUCCGGAGAGAAGCAGACGACAUCGGCCCCAAGAAAGAGUUACAGUACUGGCUGGGUCAGACGGCCCGCUUCAACUUCUUGCUCCAGCAGAUCCGGGAGAAACGAGCACGCAUGGUCCUGCACGUGCUCCACAUCCGCAAGUCGCAUGUUUUCCAACGCUGGCACGAGCUGGAUACGCAGGUGACAGACCGGGCCAACGAGGCGCGGGACAACGCAAAGUAUUUGUACACGCUGGAGAAAUACUGUGAGCCGCUCUACCGCUGCCAGCCUCUGGCCAUGGUUGGGAAGCUGACUGGUCUCAUCGGCUCUAUACGGCUCAUCUACAACUACUCCCACUACUAUAACUCCACUUCUAAGGUCUCCAGCAUUUUUGUAAAGAUCACCAACCAGAUAGUGACCAGCUGUAAGGCCUACCUGUCUGACCACGGAGAGACCAACCUGUGGGACCUGCCCCGCCCAGAGUUACACGGUCGACUUCAGGACUGCAUCAAGCUUUUCCAAGCAUACAUCAGCAUUUACAACAUCACUAAGAAGAAGAUCGACAAUAGUAAAAACGAGCGUCCUUUCAAAUUCUCCGCCAUGUACAUCUUUGGCAAGAUCUACACCUUCCGUGCUCGAAUUGAAAAGAUUCUGUGUCUAAUGGACUACUGUCAGAUGUUUGCUCCACUGGAGUCCAGCACCAUCGAGGGAAUAGACACACACUGUGCCAGGUUCAAUUCCCUCUUCAACAACCUCCGUAAGAAGGGUUAUGACCUCCUCAACUACCGCAACCAGGCGUUUGACGACGACUUCGACAAGUUUCUGGAACUAGUGGAAGAGCUCAAGGUCAAUCUGCAAAACUUCAUGCAGACAACUUUGGGAAAACUAAAGCACAGUCUGGAUAAAAUAGCCAUGAUGAAAAGGUUUGACAAACUCAAGCUUCCUUUCCUGGACAUAGAAGGUGGCUACGCCAGCAUCAUCGCCUUAUAUAUGCAGGAGUUGGACUCCAUGCAGCUGAUGUACGAGCGAGACAAAGAGGAUCCACCGACCGCCUGGAACCUGCCCCCUGUGGCGGGAAAGAUCUACUGGGUCAGGCACAUGUUGACCCACAUCGCAGAGUCCGUUUUUCUCUUACAAAGCAUCCGACCGUCCAUCAUGAAGACCGGGGAGGGCAAGAAAGCCAUAUACAAAUACAACCGGUUCGCCUACGUGCUGGUGAAAGCUGAGGUCCUGUACCACAUCGCAUGGUUCAAGUCUGUGGACAUGGCCAACCAAUGUAUGUUAGAACACUGCUCACUACUCAUAGGGUUGUACCACAGGUCACUUUUGUAUUUGUGCAUUAUGAUGCUGGUGGACUACAAAAAUCUCAAGGAGUCCGUGCCAGAUAUGUUUGUGCCUCUCCUGCAACCCACAAUGUUCAAGAUCGACAGUCUGAUGUCCCCGGCUUUCAGUACCAUCACCUGGACCUCGCUGGAACUGACCGCUUACUUCAAGGAGCUAGACAAGGCCUUCAGUGACAUCAAACUGCUCAUGAAGACGGAUACGACGUGCUCUGUCGCGGACAAGCUGAACAAGUCGGCCCAUAUGGUGUGCGACACGGUGCUGGAGCUGUUGAGGAUAUUCGUGAACCAAGCCUUCCUGGAGUACCGCACGCUGGAGAAAGUCUACGCCGACGAGCAGAGGAUAGCUGACCCCUCCGUGCGCAAGUCUAUGAACGCCAGCUACACCAUGACUGCCAUAGCGUCGCUGACCAACAGCACAGAGCCAGACCGGAGUCCGCUGCCCGAAGACCUGAUGACCAGGGAAGCCUACGUGACCUCGUGCCUGGCGUUGUUUGAUGACUUCAAGAACAGGAUGAUCGACGCUCUGCUCAAAAGUGUCCGCUUUUCUCUCAGCUCCCUCCGGAGGAGAUUUCUGGCCAAUUCGAGUAGAAGCAGCUCACAGGGCGUGGGCGGGGCUGGAGAGGACGACAACGUCGGAAAGAGUGGGCCCUUCUUCCAGGUGGACAUAGAGCUGGCCAUACCUGCUGUUGUGACGCUGGUGUUGAAGAAAAACUGUUACAAAAUGGUGUCCGAGAACAAGGACGUGAUGAAGUACAGCAACAUGGGCAACAUGGCCGGCCCACUGGGUGACCAGUUCAAGAAGGCGCUCAACAGCUUCUCCGAGUUCUCCUUUAUCUGGACAGAAGACAGGGCCACAGUUAUGAAGGAAUUCUCCGACUCUGGGCCGGACAUGCCAGAUUUCCGAGAGAAGUACUUGUUCUUCAAGCAGGUGGAGCAGAAAGUCUCGUCCUUACAGCACGUCAUCCUGGUGGGACCUGUGGCCCUCAAUACAGAUCCUCUCAAGCUAGCUCUGAUGGUGGAGUUGUCCGAGUGGAAGAGAUCCUACGGCAGGGUGCUCAACGAGAUGAUGAAGACGCGGGUCAACGAGUUGACAGAGUACAUGGCCAGCGAGGCAAAGCAGCUGAGUAAACCCGUCAAGGACCUGGAUGACGUCAGGAUGGCCAUGAACAGCCUGGCCUCUGUCCGCGACAACUACAUCCGCAUGGACGAGGAAAUGAUGCCUAUUGAGGUACUGAAAGGUCCCAUGGAGCCGGGUAUCACACCGAUGGUGGCAAAUGACCGACUUCAGAACUUCCAGAUGUCGACAGCCUGUACUCACUGUCCAUGUUACCUCGUCAGAUGUCGACAGCCUGUACUCACUGUCCAUGUUAUCUCGUCAGAUGUCGACAGCCUGUACUCACUGUCCAUGUUACCUCGUCAGAUGUCGACAGCCUGUACUCACUGUUCAUGUUAUCUCGUUAGAUGUCGCCGGCUGCCCAAAGGACUCAAAGACUGGCAGGCCUACAACGACUUGAAGAAAAAGAUUGACGACUUCAACGAGACGGUGCCCCUUCUCGAGCUCAUGGCCAACAAAUGCAUGCAGGGUCGCCACUGGCAGAGAAUUCAGGAUGCGGCCAAGUACAAGUUUGAUUUUGACGUCACGUCGGACUUACCGAUGGAGCAGGUGAUGGAGAACGUACACCUCAAGGACAUCAUGUCAGCCCCGCUGCUACCGGUUAAGGACGAUGUAGAGGACAUAUGUAUCUCAGCUGUGAAGGAGAAGGACAUUGAGGCCAAGCUGAAGCAAGUCAUGCAGGACUGGACGGGCCGAAUACUCACAUUCUCAAACUUCAAGAACCGCGGAGAGCUCCUGCUCAAGCCCGGAGACACAGUGGAGACCAUCUCUGCCCUAGAGGACUCCCUCAUGAUCCUCAGCUCUCUCAUGAGCAAUAGAUACAACGCUCCAUACAAACCAAAAAUCCAGAUGUGGGUUCAAAACUUGAGCAACACAGCGGACAUUUUAGACCAAUGGAUCGUGGUGCAGAAUCUGUGGGUGUACCUGGAAGCUGUCUUUGUGGGUGGAGAUAUCGCUAAGCAGCUACCCCAGGAAUCCAAGCGGUUCCAGCUGAUCGACAAGUCCUGGAUGAAGGUGAUGCAGAGAGCUCAUGAGAACGACAAUGUGAUUGGCUGCUGCGCCGGUGACGACACCAUGCAACAGAUCCUGCCUCAUCUACAGGAGCAGCUGGAGGUCUGCCAGAAGUCGCUCACUGGCUACCUAGAAAAGAAGAGACUUCUGUUCCCGCGGUUUUUCUUUGUGUCUGACCCGUCUUUGUUGGAGAUCCUGGGCCAGGCAAGCGACUGUCACACCAUUCAGGCCCACCUUUUAGGAAUAUUCGACAACGUGAAGAACGUGCAGUUCCACGACAAAACCUACGACCUCAUCCUGGGUUGCAUCUCUCGUGAAGGAGAAACGAUUGAGCUGGAGAAGCCCGUGCGCUGUGAGGGUAACGUGGAGAUCUGGCUCAACAGCCUGAUGCUCGAACAGCAACAGUCCCUGCACGGCAUCAUCCGGGAGGCGUACCGCGCCAUCACGGCGCCAGAGUUUGAGCUGUACUCCUUCCUCAACUCUUUCCCCGCUCAAGUGAGCCUGUUGGGCAUUCAGUUCCUGUGGACCAAGGCGGCGGAGGAGGCGCUGAAAGCGGCGCGCAUGGACAAGAAGUUCAUGGUGAACGCCAACAACUACUUCCUAGUGCUGCUCAACAAGCUCAUCUCCAAGACCACGGAGGAUCUCAGGAAGAUGGAGAGAGUCAAGUACGAGACCCUCAUCACCAUACACGUACACCAGAGGGACAUCUUUGACGACCUGGUCAGUCAAUACAGCAGUUUCUAUUCUAUUCUGUCUGUCUGUCUGUCUUGGGUGAGGAGACACACUCUCCGAUUCAGACAGAUGUACACACAGGCCGGUUCCUGUACCCAGCAUAAUCUGAUGGAGUGUCAGGGUGUGGAGAUACUGUGGAUAACCGCUGUGUACACUGCCACUCACAUGUGUCUCACAGGCACAGCCACACCCUUGAUCUUACGAUGCUACAUCACGCUGGCCCAAGCCCUUUGGAUGUCCAUGGGCGGCGCGCCGGCAGGCCCAGCCGGUACGGGGAAGACCGAGACCACCAAAGACAUGGGCCGAUGCCUGGGCAAGUACGUGGUCGUCUUCAACUGCUCCGACCAGAUGGACUUCAGGGGGCUUGGCCGUAUUUACAAAGGCUUGGCCCAGUCGGGCUCGUGGGGAUGUUUCGACGAGUUUAACCGCAUCGAGCUCCCCGUGCUGUCGGUGGCGGCCCAGCAGAUCUACAUUGUGCUGUCGGCCAAAAAAGACAAGAAGAGGGAAUUCAUCUUCACAGACGGAGACAACGUCAGCCUCAACCCAGAGUUUGGCAUCUUCCUCACCAUGAACCCGGGCUAUGCGGGCAGACAGGAGCUGCCUGAGAACCUGAAAGUACAGUUCCGUACCGUGUCCAUGAUGGUGCCAGACAGACAGAUCAUAAUGCGAGUAAAAUUGGCCUCCUGUGGGUUUAUCGAGAACAUAAUUUUGGCACAGAAGUUCUACACACUAUACAAGCUGUGUGAGGAGCAACUUUCUAAACAGGUGGACGAAGACGAGCCGUUGUUCCUGAGUCUGAUCUCCGAUUUGUUCCCGGGCAUUUCACUGGACAGCGCCACCUACGUCGACCUUCAGGCUUCUCUCAACAAGCGCAUCACCGAGAGGGACCUAAUUAACUACGACACUUGGAACCUGAAAAUUGUGCAGCUGUUUGAGACGCAGCGAGUUCGCCACGGGAUCAUGACUCUCGGCCCCACCGGUGCAGGCAAGACGUGCUGUAUACGAGUGCUCAUGUCCUCUCUCAAGGACCUGGGCCAGCCCCACAGAGAGAUGCGCAUGAACCCCAAGGCCAUCACGGCCCCGCAGAUGUUCGGCCGACUGGAUGCUGCCACCAACGACUGGACGGACGGGAUCUUCUCCACGCUGUGGCGCCGCACUCUCAAAGUCAAGAAAGGUGACCACGUGUGGCUAAUCCUGGACGGUCCAGUGGACGCCAUCUGGAUAGAAAACCUCAACUCUGUGCUUGACGACAACAAGACCUUGACCCUGGCUAACGGUGACCGAAUUCCCAUGGCCCCGACGUGUAAGAUCCUGUUUGAGGUACACAACAUUGACAACGCCUCGCCCGCCACCGUGUCCAGGUGUGGCAUGAUCUUCAUGUCCCAGUCUGUGCUGCCCUGGACGCCUAUCCUAGAGUUAUGUGACCUACUAGAAGGCCUGAUCCCGCCGUCCUCGGAGGACCGUAAGAACAUGACCACAGAGUACCUUGAGCGACUGUUCAUCUUUGCCCUCAUGUGGAGCCACGGGGCGCUGCUUGAGCUGGACGACAGAGCCAAACUACAGAUGUUCAUGAUGAAACACAAGUCGAAACUCAAGUAUCCAAAAUUACAAGGGGAGGAGACCAUCUUUGAGUUUGUCGUCUCUUCUGACGGUGAGUCCCGAGGGACUGUCCACGGAGUCCUGCUGAUUGGUGAACAAGGCACGGCUAAAACCGUCAUGAUCCAAGCUGUGAUGGCCAAAGCCAACCCUGACGAGAGACUCAGCAAAAGUUUCAACUUUUCCUCCGCCUCUACCCCGGGCAUGUUCCAGAUCAAGAUGCUCCCAACGCCGGCAAAGUUCCACUACAUCUUCAACCUACGCGAUUUGUCCCGCAUCUGGCAAGGAAUGCUCUACAUAGAGGGAGAUGAAUGUCAGGACGAGAGGACCUUGGUUAACCUGUGGAAACAUGAAGUCUGCCGGGUCAUAGAAGACAGGUGGAGGACUACUCAGUUCUGGAGACCCGGCUCAAGAGUUACAUGAAGGACUACAACGAGCAGAUCCGAGGGGCUCACCUUGACCUUGUCUUCUUCAAGGACGCGAUGAUUCACUUAAUGAAGGUGUCUCGUGUGAUCCGGACCCCGAGAGGCGCAGCCCUGCUGGUGGGUGUGGGCGGCUCCGGCAAACAGUCUCUCACUCGCCUCGCUUCCUUCAUAGCAGGUUAUGAGACUUUCCAGAUCACACUCACCAGGUCUUACAAUGUAGGCAACCUGAUGGACGAUCUGAAGCACAUGUACCGUGUGGCCGGACAGAUGGGCAAAGGCAUCACCUUCCUCUUCACCGACAACGAGGUCAAGGACGAAGGGUUCCUGGAAUAUCUCAACAACGUGCUCAGCUCUGGAGAGAUUUCCAACUUGUUUGCGCGCGACGAGAUUGACGAGAUAACGGGAGAGCUCAUCCCAGUCAUGAAAAAAGAAUUCCCCCGCCGUCCGCCCACACAGGAGAAUCUCUACGACUAUUUCAUGACCAGAGCUCGGGCAAACCUCCACACUGUACUCUGUUUCUCACCGGUGGGAGAAAAGUUUCGAACACGGGCCCUCAAGUUCCCGGGCUUGAUCUCAGGCUGUACCAUGGACUGGUUCAGCAAGUGGCCCCGCGAUGCGCUGGUGGCUGUGUCCACCCACUUCCUGGGGCCGUUCGAGAUGGAGGCCUCGGCGGACGUGAAGAGCAGCCUGAUAGAGAUGAUGGGCUCGGUGCACGACGGCGUAGCGCAGGUCUGUGUGGAGUACUUUGAGAGACAACCGAUGCUGUUAUCCGAUCAGACCAUCAAACCGUCGGACAUCUCUACGGUGAAGAAACUGGGCAAGCCGCCGCACCUCAUCAUGCGUAUCAUGGACUGUGCACUGCUGCUGUUCCGCCGGAGAAUUGACCCCAAUGAGCCCGACCCCGAGAGACCCUGUCCCAAACCCUCCUGGCAGGAGGCUCUCAAGCUGAUGGGUCAAAUGAGUUUCCUGCAACAAUUGAUGGAUUUCCCCAAAGACACCAUCACCGCAGAGAUGGUAGAACUGAUGGAGCCUUACACACGCAUGGAGGACUAUACCUUCGAGUCUGCUCUAAAG